GAAGAGGAGCGAUGGCCGCCGCUAAUGCUAGCUAGCUGAUGAGUCUCGGAAAAUGUGUCGUUCUUUGUGUUUUUAGUCGUUUUAGUCUCGAAGAGGCACUGUGACAACUCAGCCUCUCCCCCGCCGACGUUGUAAAGACUGCGUCAGGAACGUGAGCCCCGCUGCGCGCUGUUUGCAGCGGGUUUACUGAGUCUGCGUGGGUCCGUGUUUGUGUAGCGGGAGGGGGUCGGUGGUGUCAGCUGCCCGUCACCCAUCCGCCAGACCAGUGAGGAUUUUUGGUGAGCUGCAGUCAUGGCAGCUCCUGUAAACAUCCAGGCUCCGAGUAAGACCUGGGAGCUGAGUCUGUACGAGCUGCACAGGAGCCCUCAGGAGGCCAUCAUGGAUGGGACGGAGGUGGCUGUGUCUCCUCGCUCUCUGCACAGCGAGCUCAUGUGUCCUAUCUGUCUGGACAUGCUGAAGAACACCAUGACCACCAAAGAGUGUCUGCACCGCUUCUGCUCAGACUGCAUCGUCACCGCCCUGCGAUCCGGGAACAAGGAGUGUCCGACCUGCAGGAAGAAGCUGGUCUCCAGACGUUCUCUGCGCAGAGACUCAAACUUUGACGCGCUGAUCUCCAAGAUCUACCCAAGUCGCGACGAGUACGAGGCCCACCAGCGCCGUGUCCUCGAACGGCUCAACAGGCUGCACAACAAGGAGGCGCUGAGCUCCAGCAUUGAGGAGGGGCUCCGGCAGCAGGCCCGCUACAGGUCCGAGAGGAACCACCGGGUGAAGAAGCCCACUCAAGAGAGUGACAACACCACCUACAGUGGCGGGGAGGACAAUGGUGACUCCCGCUCACACCUCUCCCAUGACUCUGCCCCCUCACACACACCCCACCCACGCGGUCAGACCCCUCCAGAGGCCGGGCCGAGUCGCAAGCGGCCGCGUCCAUCAGAUGAUGGCUCCGGCCCUGAGAUGGAUAGCGGGAGCCCGACUCCCCCUCUGAGACGCCACAAAGAAGGGCCGUCCUCUGAGAUCGAGCUGGUGUUCAGACCACACCCACAGCUGGUCCGGGCCCAGGAUUACAACCAGACCAGAUAUGUGAAGACAACAGCUAACGCCACAGUGGACCACCUGUCGAAAUACCUGGCGCUGCGCAUCGCCCUGGAGGACAGACGCACGGAGAGGGAACCAGAGGAGAGAGGACGAGAGGAGGCAGGAGGAGAGGAGCGACGAGCUGAAGGAGGAGGAGGUGAAAAUGGAGGAACAGCAGGAAGUGGAGAGGGGACGAGUCUGAGCAACAUCAGUGAGAAGCAGUACACCAUCUACAUCAUGACGCGGGGAGGCCAGUUCUCUACUCUCAACGGCUCUCUGACUCUGGAGUUGGUCAACGAGAAGUACUGGAAGGUCAGGAAGCCUCUGGAGCUUUACUACGCUCCCACCAUGGACCAGCAGCCACAGCAGCAGAAGUCUCCUACCCCACAGAGGGAGGCAUGAGGAGGAGUGAAGGGCUGCUUUUCUCUCCAAGCCUGCGCUGUUUUUAAGUUCAGCUGCCACAGUUUCGUGGGAAAUCUGCAUCUUUCUUUUCUUCGUUCACUGGCAUUAACUUGGGUUAUUUAAUCUCUACACUGAACUGGGUUUAUUGAGCUGAUUUAUCAGCAAAGGAAAACAAACUGAUCAGAAGCUGGAAGGUUAACAGAGGGGAACAAAAACAGUGAUUAACAGCUGGUACGUACGCUGGUUCCUGCCUGCCUGGACAAACACAAAUGUUUCACCAUUCCUCCUUUAAAAGCUGAAAAUGAAGCAGAGUAGUCUCCAAGAGUAACCUGCUGCAGCAGCUUCACUGCGUACUGAUACCAAACUGGAUGAUUUGUUUUCCCUGCAUUGGAGGUGCCAAAAUAAAAGCACCAAUUCGAAAUGCGACUUUCUGUAAAAAUAAAUGCAUUUUAUUUUCUUUUUGCACAAAUGACCAAAUAAGGACUUUGCAAAAAUAUAAAAGAUCAUAAAAUAGUUUAAAAGAGAGCUGUAUUUAUGGAUAGCCAUUUUCAGCAGGAAAGUUAAGUCCUAAAUAAUCUUUGACUCAAGUCGCAGUUUUCACAAAGAUUUUCUAGGUAGAAAUGCUCAGAGUUUAUCUUAAGUUUAAGUUCAGUUUUUUAUAGAGCUGAUUCUGGGAUCAAACUUUUUUGCAGUGUUCUUCACAAACUCUUAAUUAGACCAGUAAAUAAUCUUCAGCUUUUCCUCUUUUUUUUUUUUUAAAUUAUUAAUUCAGUGCACUUAUUCUCAACCUGCCUUUUUUUUUUUUUUUGAAACGAUGUUUCUGAGAACAAAUCAAUAAAAUUCCCAAAUCUUAGACCUCUAAGUCAAGAUCAUCUUCUCGUGCACCUCUGGACCAUUUUCAUUGCAGCUGCUGGUUUUUAGCUCUUUUAGCAGAAGUCUCGUCGUGUUGGGCCGAGUCUGCUUCAGUGUGUCGAAAAAAACCAUCAUUCAGCUUGAUUUUCAAACCAGAUCAGGUGAACGGGACAGGCUGUGGCCGAACAUCUGUUUUCACACCACCAUUCAGAUCAUUUCUUCUCAAAGAUCUCCCUCAGACAGUACAGCACAGAUCUGCAUUGAUGGUCUUGCACUGACAGACAAGCUCACGGUGACUGCUGAUAAAUAAUGGUGAGUUCCUGAUGCCACUUCCUUCAGCCUCAGGUCGCAGCCAGAGACCCAGCUGCCAUCACCUGUGACGAUGUCCACGUGGGAUUCAGGUCGGCUGAUGGUUGCUCUCUGGAAUUGCAGCGCUCCGGCUGCACCAAAAGCUGUUUGGACACGCUCGAGAGCGGGAGAAUGGAAGAGGUUUUUGAUCUUUAUGGACCUGUUCUCAAAAGUUUUUGGUCAUACCGUCAUGAUUUAAAAUUUCGAUCUACAAUCUUUAUUUACUGUUUUAUAUUGACUUUAAAUUUAGAUAUUCCCUCACAUUUUCUGAUGGGAAUAGGCUUCAUGUGACCAGGCAUGGAUUUGAUGUAAAAAGCUUUAGUGGUAAAUUUGAUGUUUGACUUGAGAAAUCUUUUUUUCCCCACAAAAUAGCAAACUGAUUAAAAAUCACAGCAACAGUUGUCGGUCAGUUUCGUGCUUAAAAGGUUUUGUCUUUGAUCUGAAUUUAUUUAUGAAAUUUUGGUAUAUUUUCAGUCUUCGAGGUGCGACUGAAGCUCUGCUUUCUUUGUGUCAGCGUGGCACUAAAAACAAGCAUUACCUGAGCUCAUUGAACCUAAUGCUGAUUUACCUGCUCAAUUUCAUAACCACAUUAUUCAGUGCAGUUCAACAGAUUUCACUGUUCCAGUUUUGUUCAUCAUUUUUCAUUCAAUUAACUCUUUAUUCCUCAUCCUGCUCAUUAUGGGAGCAAUAUUUUUGAAUACAAAGAUAAGGUGGUUAGUUGUUUUCAUAAACAUCUCCUUAAUAAAAUUGUGCAGAUGUUUAAAAAUAUUUUACUAGUUAAAGAUGUUUAUUUUGAGCCUAUAAAGAUGUAGCUGUACAUAAGUCAUUAUUUUCCCCUUUAACCCAGAGACAAAGCUCAUAUUUGUUUAAUCAUUCACAUCGAAGUUCUUCUCUUCUUGAAGCCAUAAGCCUCUGUUAAGGUCUAACCUGCUGUCUUUGCUCCACUUCUGUUCUCACGCACUUUAUAUUUCCUGCAGCCAUAUCAUUUUCCCACUUACCUCAGUUUUUGUGGGAUAUUUGUAUAUUAGAAUAAAGCAAUAUUUCCUUUCUUCUGAUGUAUGAUUAUACCGUUUUCCCUUCUUCUGUCAGCAAUGCAGCUCAAUAAACUAUUGAACUCAA